UUUCCUCCCCUCCCUCCCGGCGCCGCGCGGGGCUCCCGCCCGCUGACACCGCCGAGGCGGCUCGCACGGCGGCGGACAGCGGCGCGGCCGCCCGGGGAUGGCCGCCGGGGCCACCCCCGCCCAGCGCCGCCGCUGAGACGCAGCGGGGCACGGCCCGCCCGAUAACAAGCCCGCGCCAUGCAGUCCUUUCGAGAAAGGUGUGGUUUCCAUGGCAACCAGCAGAGCUACCAGCCGACUUCACAAGAUACAUCACGCCUGGAGAAUUACAGGCAUCAAAGUCAGGCAGGGCCGAACUGCGAGCGGCAGAGGCUGGUGGCGAAGGAGUACUACAGUCAGCAGCAACUGCCGUACGCGGGCUACGAGAACAGCGCCGUGGAGAAAUACCACCGGGGAAACAAGCAAUUAGCGGGGCAGCAGCUGCAAGGCAGGCCGGCCUUUUCCAAUUACGCCGUGCAGGAGAACAGCCCCUACCCGGCCCGCUAUUCGGGGGACGAGGGCCUGCAGGCGUGGGGCAGCCAGGCGCAGGCGCUGCCCGGCGGGGUGGCCAAGUAUGAGGACAGCCUGAUGAAGAAAACAGGCGGCGCCGCGGGCGGGCGACCCUACCACGAGCCGGCGGCGGCCACCCCGCUGCCCUUCCGGACUCAUUUCCAGCAGCAGCAGCAGCAGCAGCCGCCCGCGCUCCCCUACCCCAAGCUGCAGCGGCAGAAGCUGCCCAACGACGUCUCCUCGCCCAUGCCCUUCCCGCAGAGCCCCCAUUUCGGGCAGCACUCGCAGUCCUUCCCCGCCUCCUCCACCUACUCCUCGGUGCCGGGGGGCAGCCAGCCGGCGCACUCCUACAAGAGCUGCACGGCCCCUUCGGGGCAGCCGCCGCUGGAGAGGCCCCUGGGCAGCGCCGCCAGCCUGGCCCCCGGCCCCCGCGUGCCCAACCUGCACGGCUACCAGCCCAACCGCAUCGGCUACGAGCAGCCCCCGCAGCCCCCGCCGCAGCCCCCGCAGCCCCCGCCGCCGCCGCAGCCCCCGCAGCCUCCCCAACCCCAACCUCAGCCCUUGCAGGGGAGGCAUCACGCCCCGGAGACCCUCCACUACCAAAACCUGGCCAAGUACCAGCAUUACAACCAGCCGGGGCAGACCUACUGCCAGGGGGACGCGCCCCCCGUCCGGACGCCGGAGCAGUAUUACCAAACCUUCAGCCCCAGCGCCAGCCACUCGCCGGCACGCUCCGUCGGCCGGUCGCCGUCCUACAGCUCCACGCCGUCCCCGCUGAUGCCCAACCUGGAGAAUUUCCAGUACAGCCAGCAGCCGCUGAACGCCGGCGCCUUCCCGGCCGGCAUCGCCGACCACAGCCACUUCAUGCCGCUGCUGAACCCUUCUCCCACCGACGGGACCAGCCCGGAUGCUCAAUCCGGGAACUGCAAGAACCUGCCGAAGGAGAAGCUGCCCGAAAACCUGCUGUCGGACCUGAGCCUGCAGAGCCUGACGGCGCUCACCUCCCAGGUGGAGAACAUCUCCAACACCGUCCAGCAGCUGCUGCUCUCCAAAUCGGCCGUGCCGCAGAAAAAAGGCAUCAAGACCCCGGCGAGGACCCCCGAGCAGCUCAAGGGGCAGCACUGCAGCCCCGAGAGCAGCACGUACUCGGCGGAGCAGGUGGGGACGCCGCUGUCCGACCCGCUCAGCACCCCGCAGUCCGUCCACGCCGAGACGCAGGACGCCGACUAUCUCAGCGGCUCGGAGGACCAGCUGGAGAGGAGCUUCCUCUACUGCAACCAGAACCGCAGCCCUGCCCGCGUCAACAGCAACUCCAAGGCGAAGCCCGAGUCCGUUUCCACCUGCUCCGUGACCUCCCCGGAUGAUAUGUCCACCAAAUCGGACGAUUCCUUCCAGAGCAUCCACGCCAGCCUGCCCCUGGAGACCUUCACCAAGUACGUGACCAACGAGCGGGACUGUCCCCGGCUGCUCCUCAGCGCGCUGUCCCAGGAGGAGCUGGCCUCCGAGAUCAUCGUCCUGCAGGACGCCAUCAGCGAGAAGGGGGACAAAGCCUGGGCCAACUCGCCCAUGUUGAGCAAGGAGGCCACCAAGUCCCCCUUCCAGCUGGAGAACCACCGGCCGUGCCUGGACUCCAUGGUGAAGGGCGCGUGGCCCAGCCAGGGCGACUCCAGCACCCUCACCGAGCCCCUCAAGCUGGACAAGGCUUCGGGGGGCAGCGCGGGGAAGGACUUUGGGGAGGAGGUGUAUGAGGGUCCCCAGGUGGAGUUCGCGGCCACCGAGACCAAGGACUCGCUCAAGGAUGCGGCCCCGCUGGCGUUCAAUUCCAAGCCCAGCAUCCCAGCCGCCACUUCCAGCGCGGGGGCCUCCAGCUUCAGCUGCUACUCGAACACCACGGCCAACUCGGUGGACUCCGAAAACGCCAUGGAGCACUUCGAGUGGCCGGAGGAGAGCCUGGGCGAGGCGUGCCUCAGGUGGAAGGAGCUGGGCUCGGGUCUGCAAGCCUCCGACCUCCCCAAGGGCUUGUUCCCCAGCAAAAUGGUGGGGUCCUGCAAGGAGAAAAAAAAUGCCUGCAGCUUGGAUCUGUGCGACGGCGAGCAGCCGGCCAAGAGCGAGCCGGCCCGGGACUUUGCCCAGCAGGCGAUGGAGGAGGAAGAGGAGGAGACGCUGACCUACGACGAGGCCACGAAGGCAGACAGCGAGAGGUGGCUGCAGGACACCCGGCACUGCUGCUCGGCCGGGGACUUUGGCGAGAUCCCCAUGAUCUCGUCGCCGGAGCUGAAGGAGUCGGACCUGGAGGCGGAGGAGUACUCCUCGCUCUGCGAGCUGGCGGGCGCGGAGCAGAAGCCGGUGCCCUACGACGCCUCGCCGCCCAAGCCCCCGGAGAUGCCCGCCGUGCUGUCCGCCAGCGAGGUGCCCGUGUCCGCCGAGGAGACCGUCAGCACGGUGGAGAAGGAGGGCUCGGCGCCCUCAGCGCGCCUCUCCGGCCAGUCCGUCAUCCUGCUGGGCCCCGCGGUGGGCACGGAGACCAAGGUGAAGAGCUGGUUCAAGUCCUCCCUGCCCCACAUCCAGCCCGAGGAGGGCGGCGGAGGGGAGAAACCUCACCCGGAGGGGGCGGAUUCCGAACCUUUGAAGAAGCAGCUGGUGCCCGAAACCGUGCUGGGGAAGACGGAGCCUGUCUCGUGGGGCAAGAGCCUCCGCAACAAGAGGGUGCACUGCCGGCUGCCGGAGGGGGACGGUCCCGGCGGCGCGGUGCCAAGCCCCUUCGAUGAGCUGCCGGUGGCGUGCGUCAGGCCGGACGGGCAGGUGGAGAUGCCGAGCAAGAACGCCCACAGCCAGACGCCCAGGUUUGCGGCGGAGGGCUUGCCGGCACGCAUGUGCACCCGCUCCUUCACCGCCCUCGCCGAGCCCCGCACCCCGGCCCCGCUGGAGGGGCUGAAAGUGCCGGUGCACCAGGAGAAGCUGGGGAAGAAGCCGGCCUGUGGGGUGAAGCAGCGGGUGGCUUUCAAGGCCAGGAAGCGCGGCCGGCCGGCUCCUAAAGUGGUCCAAAACGCCGGCGGCGAUGCCACCCUCCUGGUGCCCAGCUUGGUGCCCGCCGAGGAGGCAGCGGGGCCGACGCCGCCGGAGGGGGACGCGGCGGACGCGGGGGAGAGGGACCAGCGGUCGAUGAUCCUGCGCUCCCGGACGAAGACGCAGGAGGUUUUCUACACCAAGAGGCGGCGGGGCAAGCGGGCGGCGGAGGUGCGGCUGAAGAACUGCAAGGCGCCCAAAAAACUCAUCUCCAACAACCACCUCCCGCCCGCCUUCAAGCUGGCCCCCCCGGGCAGCCCCCACAAGGAGGGCAAGGUGGGAGCCAGGAUGAAGCUGCCCAAAACGGGGCCGGGAGUGGGCGGCAAGAUGUCCGAGCGGCCCCUGCACUCGCUGAAGAGGAAAUCCACCUUCAUCUCCCCCUAUCCUGCCAAGAAGAGGAACCUGGUUCUGCGGAGCAACAGCGGCGGCAUGAAGGAGGAGAAGCCCGAGGGUCCCCCCAGCCUCUUCAAGAAGAUGCCCGUGGCCAAGAAGGUGAAAGCAAAGCUGCCCCCCAAAAGCCCCGGGGAAGCCGUCCCGAAACCCCCACCGCCAAAGGAGGCCCCCGACGUCUGCAUCAAGAUCACCUCCCGGGCGGCCUUCCAGGAGGCCACCAAGACCAAAGUGCUGCCUCCCCGCAAGGGCCGCGGCCUCAAGCUGGAGGCCAUCGUGCAGAAAAUCACCUCGCCCAACCUGAAGAAGUUCGCCUGCAAGCCGGCAGCCACGGCAGUGGCGGCGGCGGCGGCGGCGACGGCGGCGGCCACCUACGGCACCUCCCUGAGCCCGGCGGGGGCGGAACGGGAGCGGGCGGUGAAGCACGGCGGCGUGGCCCCGGCGGUGGGCGACGCGCGGCUGCCCAAACCAGCGGCGGCGCAGAAAGCACCCGCGGCGCCGUCGGCCGAGCAGUUCUGCCGAAACGCCCACGGCAGAGCGCUGAAGGGGAAGCCGGGCAGUGGGAAGAAACUCUCCGCCGACGGCUUCCAGGGCGAGACGUUGGUGCCGGCCGUGGUGGCGGCGCAGCCCGGCUCGGCGGUGGUGGCCAAGAACGCGGCGCUGCUGCCCAAGAAGAGGAACCGCAAGGGCAAAGCGGCGGCGUUGGGCAUGGCCAAGGCGCCCUUGGGCCCAGCGUUGCCGCUGCCACCGCCCCGUGAACGGGUGGCCGGGCCGGGCGGCGGGGACGAGGCGCCGCGGGAGGGCAAGAAACCAAAGAGCGAGGAGAAGGAGGCAGGGGGCGGAGAGGGCCCCGAGGGGCGUUCGGCGGGCGGGCCGGCGCGCGGGCCGAAGGCGCGGGCCAACCACGCCAACUACAACGGCUACUCCAAGCGGCAGAGGAAACGUUUGGCCCACGGCAAGGCCAAGGCAGUGCCGUCGCGGUGCAAGAGCCGGGGCAAGCGGCGGCGGCAAGCCCAGCAAGCGCCUCUGCUGCACCCCGCCGAGCCCGAAAUCCGCCUCAAGUACAUCUCCUGCAAGCGGCUGCGGGCCGACAGCCGGGCUCCCCCCUUCGCGCCCUACGUCCGCGUGGAGCGGCGCGGAGACUUCACCACCGCCUGCACCGUGGUCAACUCGCCCGGCGACGAGGCCCGGCUGCAGCGGGGACCCCCCGGCACGGCGCCGAGGCCGCGGGCGGCUCUGCCGGCCUCGUCCACCAUGCACAUGGGGCCCGUGGUGUCGAAGGCGCUGAGCGCCGCCUGCCUGGUGUGCUGCCUGUGCCGCAACCCCGCCAACUACAAGGACCUGGGGGACCUGUGCGGGCCCUACUACCCUGAGGACUGCCUGCCCAAGAAGAAGGCACGGCUGAAGGAGAAGGCGCGGGCGGAGGGCGAGGAGGCCGGCGUGGUGGAGAGGGGGCCGAAAGGGACGGAGAGCAGCAGUUGGGCGGCCGGUGGCAAGCCGCCGAGGCCGGAGGGUGCCGCCGAGGCUGCCAAGCAGAGCUCGCUCCGCUCCAGCCCCCGGGGCAUGUUUCGCAGGCUGCAGAGCUGCUACUGCUGUGACGAGAGGACAGAGGGCGAGGAGGCGGCCGAAAAGCCCCGGAGGCACGAAUGUAACAAAGCCGAGUCCCCGGCGGCGGCGGCGGCGGCGCAGGAGCCGGGGGCGGGCGACACGCAGGAGCACUGGCUGCACGAGGCCUGUGCCAUAUGGACCGCUGGGGUUUUCCUGGUGGCGGGGAAGCUCUACGGGCUGCAGGAGGCCGUCAAGGCGGCUGCCGACGUGAAGUGCUCGAGCUGCCAGCAAGCGGGGGCCACGGUGGGCUGCUGCCAGAAGGGGUGUCCCCACACCUACCACUACGCGUGUGCCAUCGACACAGGUUGCUUACUAACCGAAGAGAGCUUCUCUCUGCGAUGUCCCAAACAUAAGAGGCAGCCCGUGUAGCGGCGCGGGAGGCGCGAGGACCCCCCCCCACCAGCGAGGGACCCGCGGGGGUGGCAGCGCCACCGUCCCCAGCACGGAGCCGUCGGGGGCCACCGGAGGAGCGUGGCCCCCGAGGUGGGCGCAGCGCUGCCGGCAGCCCCCCAACCUCUCUCCUCGGGGCCCCCCCUUCGGUGGGGAGAGCCCCCCGGGGUGGAAGAACGGGGCCGGGGGGGCACGGAGCCCCCCCAGGGUGGCGUUGGCGGGGUCACCAACCCCGGUGACAUCCGUAUGGAGAACACAGAGACUGCUCCAGGACUACGUGAGCUGCACAGGGGUGGUGGGAUGGGGUGGGGUGGGGGGGUGGGGGGGGUGGGGAGGGGGCGGGGGGGGGGCCGUGUACCAAGGGGUCCCGGCGCUGUUGUCUUACUUUGGGGCCGCCGGACCCUUGCGUGGGUUCCCGGGGUCUCCGUAUCUCACACUGAUCUGAUCUGAGAUGUUGCCUUCAGCAAACCUCAUGGUGUCUGUCUGUAUAUAUGUGCGCGACGGAGAAAAGGAAAAAAAAAGGAAAAAAAAAAGAGAAAAAAAAAAGGAAAAAAAAGACAAAAAAAAGACAAAAAAAAAAAAAAAGGAAAGAAAACAACAACGGCCUGCUGUCUGAAACACCACUUGGCUUUUUCCGUUUCGUUCUUCCAUCUCCUGCCUGCCCUCUCCCCACCCUGCCGGGCACGGGGACAGCGCUGGGACACCAGCGGCCGUGUCCCCACCGGGGCUGCCCCAAAGCCCCGAUUCCUCCCUCCGCUUGCACCCACCUUCCUCCUGCCCUUUGGGGGGCUGGCGCUGCUGGGCUGGGGUCCCCAAAAGGCCACCCUCCUUCUGCUCUGCCUCGCCCAGACCUCGGCUCGAUGGGGAUGGGUUUUGCUCCCUGCGCUUGGGCUUAAACCCCAAAGCUCUGGGUGCAAACCCCAUAGUUCUGGGUACAAACCCCAUGGCCCUGGUGCAAGCCCCAUUGCUCUGGGUGCACACCCCAAGGCUCUGGGAGCAAACCCCAAGGCUCUGGGUGUAAAUCCCAUAGCUCUGGGUGAAAACCCCAUAGCCCUGGUGCAAGCUCCAUGGUCCUGGGAGCAAACCCCAAGGCUCUGGGAGCAAACCCCAAGGCUCUGGGUGCAAACUCCAUGGCCCUGGUAAAAAUCCCAUAGCUCUGGGUGCAAAUCCAAGGCUCUGGGUGCAUGCCCCAUGGCUCUGGGUACAAACUCCAUGGCCCUGGUGCAAGCCCCAUUGCUCUGGGUGCACACCCCAAGGCUUUGGGUGCAAAUCCCAUAGCUCUGGGUGCAAACCCCAAGGCUCCGGGUGCAAACCCAGCUUUCCAGCCUGGUGCAGGUGGGCGCAAACAGCCCAGCAGCAGCUCCCUCUCAGCAGCACCGGUCCCCAUUGGGGUGGGCAGCAUUUGGGCUGCCCCAGCCCACCCCACAGGGACGUGGGACACCACGGGGAGGAUCGGAGGAGACCCUCGUGUGGCGCUGGCUUGCCCCUCGCCAACAGCUUCCUUUGGCUUCCUCCUCUCCGGGCUGCUUCAGUGGGGCUGCCCAGGGCGAUUUAACCCCAAAUCCCCAUCCUAAAAAGCCGUGAGCUGCCCCCCCCCAGCAGCGCCGAGCAUCCCACGGGAAGGGGGCAGCCCCGUGGUGCCCCCUCCAUCCCACACCCAGCCCUCACCCUCAAGGUUUGCUGGCCAAGAAAUGUCGUUUCAGCAGCCUGCCUCGGACACGGGGGCGAAAAACACACGAAAAAUUAAAAAAAAAGGGAGAAAAGAGACUAAUAAAAAUAAUUACAAAAAAAUAUAAGAAAAAUCAUCUGUGUCCCUGGCAGCGCUGCCCGAAAUCUGGCUAUUUUUGGUGACAUCUUGUACAUAUGACUGUAAAAUGGUAAACCGUGUGUAUUAUAUAUUGCCUCAUUAUAUAGUGUAUAUAUAUGUAUACAUAUACAUAUAUAUAAUAUAUAUGAAGACUGUAAAUGUUAAGACUAGUGUUCUUAUUAGUAUAUUGCUUCACACUGAAGAUUGUGUGUAACAAGCUGUUUCUAAAAGAUGUUUAUUUUCCUUAAGAGUUAAAAAAAAACAGGUCAUUGCAUUCAGAGCGUCAAUAAAGAUACAACGAUUGUUUUGGAAGUA